AUGCGGAAUCCUCAUGUUGAAUCGUGUGAAGUUCUAAUUUCGGAUGAUCAUCGAACUGUUGUUUAUUGCUUGCGAUUGAGAGCUGGUCAUGCUAUACAAAAACAAUUUGAAGAGUAUGAUCGAUUCUAUACAAAGAUGUUACCACAUCUGCCAGCAACACAGACAGCUCCACCGAAAAAGAAAUUUUUUCAAUUUGAAUCAAAACUUCAUGAGAAAAGACGUGUUUGGAUAAUGGCUUUGUCUCAGACCUUAUUGGGCAUCUAUAAUCGAUCACCAAACCAAGACAUUCGAGAGUUCUAUUGUUUACCUAGAACUGAGGAAGUUGACUAUCCUUAUGUGGAUCUUGGACCAAAAGAAAUCAGAAGUGCCAAGCCAGAUGAUUUUGAUUUCCUUUCCACCAUCGGAAAAGGAAGCUUUGGGCGAGUAUUCCAAGUAAGACAUAAGGAAACUGAUAGGAUAUAUGCAAUGAAAGUCCUUAGUAAAGACUAUGUUAGAAAAAAGAAUGAAGUUAAACAUGUUAUGGCUGAGUUGAAUGUAUUAAAAGCCAAUAUAAACCAUCCAUUCCUUGUAUCUUUACAUUUCUCUUUCCAAACAAAAGAAAAAUUGUAUUUUGUAUUGGAUCAUCUGAAUGGAGGAGAGCUUUUCACACAUUUACAAAUAGAAAAAACUUUCUGUGAAGCUAGAGCUCGUUUCUAUGCUGCUGGAAUAGCAUCUGCUUUAGGCUAUUUGCAUGAAAAUGAUAUCAUUUACAGAGAUCUAAAGCCAGAAAAUCUUUUGUUAGAUAGAACUGGCUAUAUUGUGUUAACAGAUUUUGGUCUCUGUAAAGAGAAUAUGCCAGCUAAUGCUACAACAAACACAUUCUGUGGAACACCUGAGUAUUUGGCUCCUGAAAUAGUUCUCAAGAAAUCAUAUGAUCGCACUGUCGAUUGGUGGUGCUUAGGAGCAGUAUUAUAUGAAAUGCUUUAUGGCCUCCCUCCAUUCUAUUCAAAAGAUCAUAAAGAAAUGUAUGAUAAAAUCGUUAACCAGCCACUUAAGCUCAAACAUCAUAUCUCGAAUGCAUCAUCGGACAUCAUUCAACAGAUGUUGAUGAAAGAUCGAACAAAACGUUUGGGAUCGAAAUUUGGUUAUAAAGAGAUUAAAGAACAUGCUUUCUUCUCAACCGUUGAUUUUGAUAAACUUCUGUUGCGUGAGAUCAAAGCUCCAUUUAUUCCAAAGAUCAAGAAUGACCAAGAUCUAUCACAUAUUUCCAAAGAGUUUGUAAUGGAUAAAUUCAAUCCUGCUUCAUUGGUUCCGACAAAUCCAUCACUUGCUAACAGAGAUGAAUUUAUGGGAUUCACAUAUGUCCAGCCUUCACACUUACCCGCCUGUUAG